AUGCAUAAGCAUAAGUCUAAGCCUAAGCCUAAGCCUAAGCCUAAGCCUAAGCCUAAGCCUAAGCCUAAGCCUAAGCCUAAGCCUAAGCCUAAGCCUAAGCCUAAGCCUAAGCCUAAGCCUAAGCCUAAGCCUAAGCCUAAGCCUAAGCCUAAGCCUAAGUCUAAGCCUAAGCCUAAGCCUAAGCCUAAGCCUAAGUUUAAGUCUAAGGCUAAGUCUAAGCCUAAGCCUAAACCUAAGCCUAAGUCAAAAUUUAAAGCUAAGCUAAGCCCAAUCGCAAACUUAAGCCUAGCCUAA